GUUACACACUUGCCAAAUCCCUCAACCAAUUUAUAUAACGAUCUUUCGUUUUCUUUUUGUUUAUCAUACUAUUAGUACUUUUCAGAUUUGUUUUUGUGAACAUUGAAGAAAGAUUUAUGGCUUGUGUUGCGCACACACUAUGCUUCGUUGCAGCUUUACUUCUAAUCUACCAGAAGACAGCUACUUGCGAUUUCCUAUCUCCUAUUUUCGAUAAUAUAUGCAAGGCAGUGGUAUGUGGGAAAGGGAAAUGCAAAGCAUCUUCAAACGCAACUUUUAAGUAUGAAUGUGAGUGUGAUAAUGGUUGGAAGCAAUUUGAUCACAAUCUCAAGUUUCUUCCUUGCGUCAUCCCCAACUGUACCUUUGAUCUAAGUUGCGGUGAGGCAGGACCUCCAGCACAGCCCCCAACGCCUCCCAAAGACAACAAUUCCUCAUUUUUCGAUGUUUGUCACUGGAUGAAUUGUGGAGAAGGGAUUUGCAAAAAGAAAAAUCUGUUUUUGUACAGCUGUGAAUGCCGUGAAGGUUACAGCAAUUUUAUGAAUAUCCCCACAUCGCCUUGCUUUAAGCAAUGUGCACUUGGACAGGACUGCUUGAACCCUGGGACCCCUUCGAACUCAUCAUCGAACGCAUCAUCGUCUUCUCCACCUGCUCUGCCUGACGGCAGCAAGAGCCAAGCAACAGGACUAAAUGUAAGAGGAGCGUCAUUGUGGUUGAUAUCAUCUAUGAUAUGUGUCUCUCUAGCACCAUGGAGGCUGCUCUGUAUUUGAACUCUUUUACUUUAGAAUUCAAAUUUUGUAUACAAGUCGAUUCCUUUUGAAUUUGAUAGUGUGGAUGGGUACUGUUUUUUUUUUCUUUAAUUUUCUACUCCCUCAGUUCUUAAAAGAUAGAUUUUUUUAGUAUUUCACACAUAUUAAGAAAACGCAUUAAAUUACUAUAGUAAAUUUAUCGUUUUCUGUAAUUUUCAAUUUUUAACAAUUUUUACCCAAUAGUAAUCUAAUAAAACAAAUUAAUUUUCUUAAAAUUUGCAAUUUUCUCUUAAAAACAUAAAAUAUACAUUUUUUUGAAAUAAAAUAUUUUUCCAAAAACAUGGUUCUUUUAAGAACAGAUGGAGUAUGUUUCAUUCUUGUGUAAAGACAAAUAUUAUAGGACUCUACCAGAGUUUUCACCAACAAUUAUAAAUUACUAGGGGAUUGUCCGCGCUUCGCGCGGAGUUUAUUGGUUAGAUGUAGUUUUGUUUCUUUGAUUUAGGUGUUCCUAAUAAGUGGAUUACGAUAAUCUAAGUUUUGACAAUGGUGCAGGUCAUAUUGAUAAAGAAUAGCUGGUAGUUUGAUAUGUUGUAGGUCAUCCAGUUUUGGGAUUUUGUUUGACAUUUUGUGGUUUGAUUUUGGUUGUAGUGUAAAGUAUAUGUUGUAUGGACGUAUGGUUAUGUAAUAUUGGUUUGGGAAUAAUAGUUAGUUUUUUUUUACAGCAAAUAAUAUUUAGUUCUUUUAAUAGUUAAUUGUUUCCUUCUAUGAUAUUUUGUUGAACACUUUGCUUCUAAAUUAUUUUAGAUAUUAGUAUAAGUUGCAAUAUUAGUGUUUUAAAAAAAUUAUUUAGUGUUGUUUUUCAUACUUUUUUUUAGUCUGAUAUUUAUUUGAAACGUUUUUUUAUACAAAUUUAGUUAGAGUCUACAAAUUGUAAAUCAUUAAGACAAAUAUGAUACAUUAGAAUAUUAAGAUCUAUACAUAAAUAUGGUUUCAAUUUAGAGAUACACAAUCACAAUACGCAAAUUUAAAAUAUUUUUGGCAAUUUAUAUAUGUAUACAAAAGUUUGCAAUAUUAGAAACACGAUUAUAAAUUUUUGUAUUAGAUUUUUGCAUAGUUUUUUUCACUAUGACUUCAGAUUUGUUAAUUUAUGUGAGAUUGAGUACAAUUUAAAGAACUUAUUUUCGUGAAUUUAAAACCCGUACUGAGAAACAUUAACCGGUAUUGAAACGUCUAUUAUGUAGGAGUUUAGUUCGUAUAAUUUAAAAUAAAACCAAGUUGAAGAUGGUUUAGUUUAUUAAAAAAUAUGUAAUUAUUUUAGGAAAAAGAACAUUAUGUCUUUAUGGGUAUUGUUGACAUAUUCUAUUUUUUUGAAGUCAAACUUCUGUUUAAAACGAAGAUAAUGGUGACAUGAGAACUGAAAGGCUGGUUGGGAUAUAGAGUAUUCAUUCGGAGUUGUGAUUGCCUUCUUUAAACGCACCUGCAAUGUGGGUUUCUAUCAAAAUUUUGUUUGUUUUUCCUUUUAGGCAGAGCGAUUUUUAUAAUCAUAAAUUUGAAGUACUUACCGGUUCCAGCUUCUUCACACCACUGUAUUGCUUCAUUGUCGGGCUUGAAAGAAAAUCUGAAAAUGGUAUGUAAUCAGAAUAUGCCAAUAUGGACAAAUACAUGUAUACAAAUAGGUUUUGGCUUGCGGCAGUCAAAAUAAAAAUGGGUCCCAGAAAUAGCAUUGAGGUAAAGUUGUUUUAAAAAAAUAAUUAUUUUUGGGACAUGAAACAACUGUGUAUUAGUCUGAAUAUAAUUUUGUUUUGAUUUCUCAAACAAAACAAAAUGAUAAAGAUGAUGAUGAUGUCUGAAAAUCCAUUUCCAUCUUUCGAAGCUCCUUGACUCUUGCUCACCUCUUGAUCCUUCGUAGUUAACCGGCUCGACCCUGCUUCUCCAUGCUUCAAGGUGGCGUUCACAACCACUCUCCUCCUCGCUUCUCCUCCUAUCCAAGAGCCAGAGGAAUCGAACUUGAGAUCAAUGGUGAAAUCAUUGUUUCAGGCUUUGAUUAAAUAAAAUGUAGCAGUAUAAUGAAUAGGCUGAAGCUCUGAGGUUUGGAGAGACUCUCAUUCCUUAUUUAUAGUAUCAUGAAAUAGAGAUUUCCCAAGGGGUGCUAAAAGAAAAAUUAAAACGACAUAGCGGGAAAGCUGACCGAAUAUAGAAAAUGAGGAGGAUUAAUGACACAUAGGCGAUGGAAAAUAGGUCAAUCGAGAAGACGACUGCUUUGUGACAUGGAGGUGGGCCGUGCCGGGCUGAGGAGAUAAUUAGUAAUAAUGGGCCAUGUUUCCUUUCUUUCCAAAUAUGGGUGUGAUCUGUUACUUUCGUACGUUUUUUAAAAGUCCAAAUGUAAAGUCGUGUGUUCCAAACGUAAUUGUGAGCGCAAGGUGAUUAAUUAGGUGUUGCCACAUGUCCAAAUUUGCUUCCUCUUACCGUGAUGACGUGACAAAGUGAUUGGUGGGAAAUAUUUCUGUCUAUGUAGCACCCUUUAGAAUCUCUUAAAAUAGUUCCUUUUAUAUAGUGGGAUUAUACGAGUGAAGAACCAAUCUUAUAAAAAAAAAACUAGAAAUAGUAUUGAGAAAGUAAUUAACAUGUGUUUUUAUUGGCCAAAUCUUUACGAAAAAUCUAUCUAUUUAUAUAAUAAUAAAAUUGCAUUUUGUCUCUGCUCAAAAACAUUUUGCAUUUUUAAGUAUACUCCAAAACGUGACACAUGGCACGCUUCAAACACAGCUUCUACGUUUUGAUUAUGGGCUUACAACAAGUUGAGAUAUCUUAAUUAACUUGGUCCAAGAGUGAUUUCUUCUCAAAGACCCAAACCUUCAAUGAAUUACCGACUGUUACCUGCUGGAUCUUUGCGGAAAGACGGCUUGGUUUUCCUGAUCGGUCCAUCUUCCUCCCACCACCUCUGAACCCAAGGCGAUGUAAGACCAUCUCCAACCCAUCUCUAUAAUAGAGAUCUCAAAAAUAGAGGAAAAAAUAGAAAUAGUGUUUUUGCUCCAGUGUGUUCAUCUAUAAUAGAGGAAUGCUAUAUUUGCCUCUAUAAAUAAAGGAAUGCUAUUUUUUUCCUCUAUAUUUAGGGAAAAAAUAGCAUUCCUCUAUUUAUAGAGGCAAAUAUAGCAUUCCAACACAUUGGAGCAAAAAUAUCAUUUUUAUUUUUACCUCUAUUUUAGAGAUCUCUAUUAUGGAGAUGGAUUGGAAAUGCUCUAACUGUUUCUGCAUUCAUUCAAUCAACCUAAUUAAAUUUUGUCUUAAACGCCAUCGAACCACUACGUUGUAUUCAAUACACUCUCCUCCUUCCUCUAUGGUUAAUAAGCUACAACGACCUUCGCUUCAGUGAAUUCAUCACUUCCUCCCUCCGAAGCAUUAUGAUGAUGACGUUUGCAGCAUCUUUCUCAAGCCUUUCACUUCCCAUGACCCGCCACCUCCCGUCAUAUGUCGUCAAAGAAAUCCCACAACCUGUCCUGCCUUCAAUGCUGCUGCUACGUAUAUAAGAAUGAUGUCUUGCAUAUUUCUCAUCAAUUGCUCCACCAAAUUUCAGUUUCUUUUGUUGUUUACGAUGCUAUUGUAGAGACGCUAUGCAAUCAGAUUCUUGGUUAUGUGUUUUGGAAAGUAAAGAGCUCUGGAUUCCGUCUCUUUCUGUCACUGUCUGCCGGCACGGCUAUGCCUCUUGGCUCUUAGGUAUUUUAUCGCAGAUCUCCGUCUCUUCGUUUCGUGAUUGUGAUUGUGAUUUAGAUUAUCAAAUUAUUUUGUCUUUCUUUUAGUUUUUUUCAUUUGUCCAGAUUGGAUCUGAUUAUAUUUGAUAAUCAAUCAUGUGUUUGGGGAUUUGUUUGAUUCUGAAUUGACGAGCAUCUAAUGUCAUAGAUUGAUUUCGAUUGAUCUCUGUGUAGAUCCUUGGAUUGUUUUCAUUGCUUCAGGUUCUAUCAGGCUUGGAUGUUUUCCUUUGAGAUAUGGAGAAGUUUUUUGUGUGGCCAAGUUUUUGCCAUUAUCGGCUUCACUGAUUCCAAGAAGCAAUCCACUGGAUGUUUCUUAAUGUUUGUUUGUUCUUAUGGUGCAUGUAGAUAUGAACAGAGCAGGACUUCCUUUGCUCGAGACUGUAUCUGAAAUGGGCUCGAUGGAAUUGACUGUGAGGUAUACUGUGAAUAUGCAAGAAGAUUUUCUCUGUUGCGAUGCUAAUAUCUCAGUCCAUCCAAUUAGAGGUGUCAACUGGGCGGGCUGGAGUCCAAUUCAUUUUAGGCAGGCUGUGGACGUGCCCAAUUAAUAAAUGGUUCAACUGGACAAAAGACCAGUAGGUACAUGGUCCAAUUGGGCGACGGCCAAAUGGACAAUGGGUGUCCAUGGGCUUCCUAAAACAUAUUUUCAUAAGUUUAACAAAAGAAAACAUAGUUUUACAAUUUAACACAAAAAAUUGCUUUAUCGUUAAAAUAAAAAAUUAACGAUUUUGAUGGAAAACAUAAUUUCACAAUUUUGACGGAAAAAUGUAUUUCAUAAAUUUGGCGGAAAAAAAUGCAAUUUUUCGGUUUUUGCGGGAAACAUAAUUUCUUGGUUUUUGCGGGACACAUAAUUUUUUGGUUUUGGUAGAAAAAAAACACAAUUUCUCAAUAUUGGCAGAGAACGCAAUUUCUCAGUUUUGGCAAGAAAACACAAUUUUUCGGUUUUGGCGAAAAAACACAAUUCUCGGUUUUGGCGGAAAAACACAAUUUCUCGGUUUUAACGAGAAAACACAAUUUCUCGGUUUUAACGGAAGCACACAAUUUCUCGGUUUUGGUGAAAAAACGUAAUUUCUCGAUUUUGGCAGGAAAACAUAAUUUCUCGGUUUUGACGGAAAAAUGAAAUUUCUCGGUUUUGACAGGAAAACAUAGUUUUAUAGUUUUGACAAGAAAAAAUACUUUUAUAAUUUUGGAAAGUAAACAUAAUUUUAAAAUUUAAGAACUAAAAUCUAAAAUAAUAAUUGAAAAAUAAUUAAAAAUAUUAUUGGGUGUCUAUUGGUCCUGGACAUUUGUUUGGACCAUUGUCCAAUAUGAACCACCCAUUACUACCCAAAACUAAAAUGGUUCAACUGGUCAAGCCCAAUUGGGCCCUGGAUAGACCAUUUGAAAGCUCUACAUCCAAUUAGUCAAGCUAAUGUUUGGGACCAAGGUCAACAUGUUUCUUUCUUUUCGUUUGUAUAUGCGAGUUUAAUAAAUGAAGGUAUAUGAUCAACUCAUUCUAUUUUCAUUCUAAUGAAUCUGGUUGAUGAUUCGAGCUUUUGUUGUUUCACAGGUGGCAAUUAAGAAUUUGAAUGCGUCUUUAGCAAUUAGCAGGAAAGUUGACUAUGAGAUUAUAAAGAGUCAAGACAGUCACUUCUCUAUAACCAGGCCCAAGCCGGCUAGAUUGGGGGAAGAAUGAACUCAGGUAGCAAGCUAAAUAAUCUUUCAUUACGUUGCAAUAUGUUCAGAAAAUAGUAGCAAUGAGGAAAAAAAGAAGGCUCGCUGAUUACCAGUAUUUUGCAGAGCUAGAACUUCUAGAAGUGAUACUCUCCCGAGAAUACCAUGGGAGCAUCCGAUUUAGUGGGCCUACUUGAUAAAUAACGUUCGAGUUAAAAACGCACGAAGGCCUCCAAUAUGGAAUAGUUUGUGACCUUUCUUUUUUGAUACCAUAAUUAUUAUUUCUAUUGUUCACUUUGGGAUAAUUUUUAACGCAUCAACUAUAAAGAAAGACGUUAGCAAAAAGCAUCUCUCAGUUAAAAAACUUUAUAAUAAAAAAUUUGGGCUUGACUAAGAGCUUCUUUGCAAAUGACGUCAAUGUAAUUGGAUCAGUGUUAUCUAUUCCAUUUUUGCAGAAGACUGAUAAAGCAAAAAGACUUGGUUUAGGCAGCAAGUACAUGUUAUUCCGAGAAAAACAUAUGUUCUCAAUAAAUGAACUUUCAAACUGACUCGGAGGAGACUUUUUUUUUUGAAAAAAAAAAAAGUCUCCUCCGAGUCAGUUUGAAAGUUCAUUUGUUGAGAACAUAUUUUAAGUUUAUCGUAUUGUAAACGAUUUUUGCUUCAUGUGUGAUAUAUGCUGCAAAGAACUGAUCAUGUGAAGAUUGAGAAAAUUGUUAUGAAAGUGGUCUUUGAAUCCCCAAACAAGCUUGAGCAGUACAUAAGUGGGAUAAUCAAGAAUCAACAAUAAAUCAACAAUAACUUAAUAGGCGACUUACAAAAUAAACAAAAACAACUUCUCUCUCCUAAACACGUUUUCUCUCCCGUCUCUCUACCUUAGGGUUUUCUCUUCACCAUUAACCACCUCCGGCGGCCGCCGCCUCCGGCGUGUGGUCGCCGGACCUUGCCUCUCCUCUGUUUGCGUUCUUCUCUGCCUCUCUUCUGUCUUCUACGUUGUUCUUCGGUGAGGGUGUUGUUCGGCUGUUUCUCAGAUCUGGUCACUCCAACCACAGAUCUCGGGUUAUCGGCGGCGGGGGUAGCUAGAGGACGGUUCCUUCCACUGCCGUGAUGUACCCUUGUCUGAAUCGGAGUUUUCCAGCAUUUUUCCCGAGAUCCAGUAAAGCUUCACCGAGUUGGUGGCGCGUGCAGUGUCGUUAAGCUCUUCAACAGUCUCUUUUCACCUCAUGUGUUGCGUCUGGUGGUGGAUGUAGCUGCGUGGGGGAGUUGGGGUUCUAGGUUUCGCCAGAUCUCGGUAACCCGUGAGGGUUUGUGGCGCCGGUUUAUGGUGACUCGAGUUCUCUCUACUCUGUCUGAGGUGCCUCCGUCAUGUUCUCUGACGGUUGGUGCACGUGGGUCUCGCCGGUGACGGAGACGUCCGUCUGUUGGUCCAAGCUCCCUUGUGGCGUCGCUUAGAGUGAGGUUUCAGAGGUGUGCUUCAGCUUGCUUAGGCCCCGUGUGUUUCCUUGCCCGUUCAGAUCUUUGUGGUAACGACGUUUGUGGCCUGCUACGUUGCUAGCUUUACUCAAAUAAACUCAGCAGGUUUGUGUUCAUGGCUUGGCAGCGAUUUCCGGUUAGUUUGUGUUUCUUGGUGUGGUAGUUAGUUUGCGGUCUUCGAGUGUGGCUUCGGUUUUGUCUCCUCCGGAGGAGUUGUCCGUCUUCCGAUCCAUAUUCUCUUCAGGUUAUGGUUAAAUGGGUGUAUACGGUCCCGGUGGAAUGCAAUGGAGGCGGUAAUCUCCGGCGUAAUCUACUGAACGACGGCAUCGUCAGUCUUCGGCUCUUCCUCGUACCGCCGGUGGUCUCUUUUAUCUUGCCUGCUCUUUGGUCGUGGUUGGAUUCUUCGCUCGGGUUCGUUCUGGGUUAAUCGGUUAGAAGCUGUAGGAACUGUAGCAUUCAGGGUUUGAGGGCGCCCUUCUCUCGGUAGCUCGCGGCAACUACCCGGUCUUCUCAUCUAGUUGCAGGGUUGUAAGGUCCUACCUCGUCUCGCUAUCACUACAUUUUACCGGCUAUGCUGCAUUGCUGUUCGGUCUGGUCCUUGCUUGUUGUUCGUAGUUUGUUUUCUUGUUGUUGUGUUGUUGAUUCAGUUUCCGCUACUUGUUAUCUGUUGUAAACUCUGUCUAAAAUUGAAAACUGGUAUAAUAUUUAA